AUGAACUCGCGAGCUUACCAGUUCCAGCUCCAGGCUGCCGAGGCGGCGGCAGCGGUGGCGUCUCCAGUCCAUGCUGCAGAUGACGACGCGCCGGAGCCACCAACCACGAAGGCUCUGUUGCUGGAACUCCAGGCCCAAGGCACGGCUGACGCGCCGCCGGCACCACGCCAAGGCAGCGGUGUUGCUCCGACGGGCGUUGGCAACGCGCAGGCUACCAAGUGCCCCGAGUGCCCCAAGUGGUUCCUGUCAGAGAAGGCCAUGUUCGGGCACCUGAGGAAGCACCCGGAGAGGGGCUACAAGGGGGCCACCCCUCCGGGGACUGCCGUGGUCGGAGACAAGAAGCCGAAGAAGCAGGUGGCACGGAAGGAGGCCGACGUGUCGGCGAUGAACAUGACGGCUGCUGCUGCGACGGCCGGAGAGAAGAAUCCGUGGGGGGAGGCCGCCAAGCUCUCGGCCAAGUGGCCGGUCACGGCGAAGCGCGGGCGCGCGGCGGCCGCGCCAAGUGGCCAGCGCGCGCUCGAGGCCGGGAUGCAGGCGAGUAGCUGCUGCGAGGACGAGGAGGCUGCGAUGAUCCUCUUGGAGAUGGCCUCCUCCAGCCGCUCGACGACGUCCGAAACCCAGCAGGGGUCUGCACACCAGGUGGCGCACGCCCCGGACGCCGUCUCUGGACACCAGAUGCUGGAUGCCGAGCAGCCAAUGCUUCUUGAUCAUGUCUCCGGGAACCAGGCGCCGCCGGAGCCCGAGCAGAUCGUUCAGCCGGAGGUUGUCUUCGAGCUCAGCGCGGAGUCGCAGACGCCGGCGGUCAAGGAGCUCACGAACCUGGAGAUUACCACAGAAGCUGUCCUGAUCGUGGUCCCUGCGAGCAAGUCCAUCGCCCCCAGCCCCGGCUCCAAGAAGGCCAAGAAGCAGAGCCGGACCGCCGUCCUGGAUCUCGAGCAGACGGCAGCAUCUCCUGCACCACCGCCAGAAGGCGCCGACGGCAAGCCGGCGGCGAGGCGCAUACCGUCGCCGGCGUCGGACAAGAAGCACGAGUGCCCGACCUGCGGCAAGUCGUUCCCCACCUACCAAGCCCUAGGCGGCCACAUGUCCAGCCACGUCAAGGGCAAGACCGGAGCACGGCACGACGACCUCGCCGCGGCCCAGGCCAUGCACAACAUCCUGGCCCACCGCAACCAGAGCGCCGUCAGCGUCGUCGUCGCCGGCGCUAGCAUUGGCGCGGCAGCGGCUUUGGACCAGGACCUCCGCCUCCAGGAGGACGUUCAGCCGCCGCCGGCCCCGACGGUGGCGCCGAGCGCGGCGCCGCACGUGUGCACCGAGUGCCACAUGACGUUCCCCUCCGGCCAGGCGCUCGGCGGCCACAAGCGGAAGCACUGGAAGGCUGUCUGA